AUGUCUGCAGUCGCCGGCCCGUCGACCAAGCCCGUCACCAUCACGUACUGUGCCGUGUGCACGCUUCCGACCGAGUACUGCGAGUUCGGCCCGAGCGUGAGCAAGUGCAAGGCGCACCUCCAGGAGACGGACAAGGAGGAGUACGAGCGCGUGUGGGGCGACAGCACGCUCGCGUCACGUAUUGGAACGCUCUCGCUCGAGAAGCAGGAGAAGCUCGAGGCCGACGCGGCCAAGCUUGAGAAGAAGGCGGAGAAGAAGGCCGAGCAGGAGGCGGCCAAGAAGCAGGCGACUAAGAUUAUCAUCAAGCGCAGCGAACGCACGAAGCGCAAGCAGCAGACGCAUAUCCAGAACCUGGAGCUGUUCGGAAUCGAGCUGAAGGCGGCCGCCAAGCUGUUCGCGUCCCGAUUCGCGACGGGAUCAAGUGUGUCCAAGAACCCGCAGGGCCAGGAUGAGAUCGUCGUGCAAGGAGAUGUUGGUGAUGAGAUUGUCGAGAUGAUCAGGCAGCAGAAGGGUGUCCUGAAGGGUGCGCCGGUGGACCAGAUUGAGCGCGUCGUCGUCAAGAAGAAGAAGGAGCCUGAGCCUGAGGCUUAG